ACAUGCCCUGAGACACGUUAGAAAAACCGACAAAAGAAUAUGCCCAAAAUUGGGUAUAUGUUGCUUCCCCAAAUCAAGGAUACAAACUUUCUAACCAUUUUCAAACUAGGCUUUUACACAUAAAUCAAAUAUAGAGAUUAUGGCAGAGAAAAGCAAGAUCUUAGUCAUCGGAGCUACCGGAUACAUUGGCAAAUUCCUGGUGGAAGCAGCUGCAGAACAAGGCCAUCAGACCUUUGCCUUGGUGAGAGAGAGCGCAGUUUCAGACCCUGUCAAAGGAAAGCUCAUUCAGAGCUUUAAAGCCUCUGGUGUUACAGUCGUCUAUGGAGAUCUUUACGACCACGAUAGUUUAGUGAAGGCUGUGAAGCAAGUAGAUGUGGUCAUAUCAGUCGUAACUUUCCAACAGAUACUUGAUCAAUCCAAGAUUCUUGAUGCUAUUAAAAAAGCCGGAAAUAUCAUGAGAUUCAUUCCCUCUGAAUUCGGAAAUGAUGUGGAUCGUACAAAUCCUGUGGAGCCAGCAAAAACUAACUUCGCGGAGAAAGCUAAAAUCCGCAGAGCAAUUGAGGCUCAAGGCAUCCCCUACACCUAUAUCAUCUCUGCUUGUUUUGCAGGAAUUUUUCUUCCUACCAUGGCUCAGCCAGGAGCCACUGCUCCACCAAGAGACAAAGUCGUUAUCCUGGGAGAUGGAACUGCAAAAGCCGUGUUUAACUUGGAACAAGAUGUUGCCACGUACGUCAUUAAAACAGUGGACGACCCAAGAACAGUGAACAAGAGCCUCUACAUCAAGCCUCCUCACAAUAUCUACUCCUUUAAUGAUCUAGUUGCCUUGUGGGAGAAGAAGAUCGACAAGGUUCUUGAAAAGACUUAUGUUCCAGAGGAGCAUGUUUUAAAGCAAAUUGGAGGGACACCGCCACCGAUGGAUUUUAUGUCUGCAAUCAGCCAUGCGGUAUUUAUCAAGGGAGAUCAAACCAAUUUCCAGAUAGAGGCUUCAUUCGGACACGAGGCUUCUCAGCUUUACCCUGAUGUCAAGUACACAACCGUUGACGAAUACCUCCAUCAGUUUGUUUGAGCUUCAUUCAUAAGACUGUGAUAGUCUACUUGUAAUAUUUCUUAGCAAAAUAAAUAAAUGGUGCGCUUUGUACUUGGUAGUCACUAAUCAAUACCUAAAGGCCGGCUAUUUAUCUUUAUAUGAUGAUCAUUUUUUAUGUUUGA